AUGAGUCAAUUUCAUAAAGAUGAUAGAGAUUUAGUGAGAAGAAUUUACAUUCAAAGAAAGCCUUGUCAGCCCAAAGACUUUACAUUUCCUCAAACUUCUAUUUUUGGCAAAAAUCGUCGCUUUUGUGCUAAGUGGUUUGAUACUUGGACUUGGCUUGAGUAUAGUGUGGAAAAGGAUGCUGCCUAUUGUUUCCCUUGUUAUCUAUUCAAGGAUGAAAAUGCCUUUGGAGGUGAUGCUUUUGUUAGUGAUGGUUUCAAAUCAUGGAAUCGAUCGGAUUUAAUAAGAAAACAUGUCGGUAAACACUUGAGUACACAUAAUAAUGAUGUUUUAGCUAUGGAUUUGUUCAAGAAACAAAAUUCAAGCAUCACACAAGCCUUAACAAAACAAACCGCUGAUAGUACAAAUGCAUAUAGGACGCAACUUGAAGCUUCAAUUGAAUCUAUCCAAUGGCUUUUACUCCAAGGGUUGCCUUUCCGUGGUCAUGAUGAAAAAGAAAGUUCCUUAAGAAGAGUUGUUUUCAAAAAUGCUCCUAGUAAUUGUCAACUUACUUCUCCUAAAGUCCAAAAAGAUAUCAUAAAUGCAUGUGCAAAAGAGACCACUAAAGCAAUGCUUGAAGAUAUUGAUGGUGGUUUAUUUUCUAUCCUUGCUGAUGAGUCCGCUGAUGUUUCUGACAAGGAACAAUUGGCUCUUUGUUUGAGAUAUGUUAAUAGAAAGGGAGAAGUGUGUGAGCGUUUACUUGGUAUUGUGCAUGUUGUAAACACUGCUUCUUUGGCUCUCAAAACUGCUAUUGAAUCCUUAUUAAUGGAGCAUUCUUUGUCUUUCUCUCAAGUACGGGGUCAGGGUUAUGAUGGGGCAAGUAAUAUGCAAGGUUCUAUUAAUGGCCUUAGGACUCUUAUAGAGAAUGAGUGUAAAGAAGCUUAUUUUGUCCACUGCUUUGCUCACCAACUUCAAUUAACUCAAGUUGCACUUGCUAAAAAGAAUUCAGAUUGUGCUUGGUUAUUUGUUGAUGUACUUGCACCUCUCUUGAAUUUUGUGGGGGGUUCACCAAAAAGGAAAGAGUUUCUUCGUGAAAAUCAAGCUCAAAGAGUGGUGGAUGCAUUGUCUCUAGGUGAACUUGAAACGGGUUCAGGUUUAAAUCAAGAACGUGGAUUAGGUAGACCUUGUGAUACUCGUUGGGGAUCUCACUUCAAGACAAUCUUGAAUGUACUUGAUUUAUUCCCUGUAAUCCUUGGUUCUCUUGAGGAUAUUGCAAAAGUAUCUGAUACAAUAGAUUCUAAUAGAGCUCAAACACUUACAAAUCUUCUGAUGUCCUUUGAUUUUGUGUUCGUGGCACACUUGAUGGUUAGUAUAUUUGCGAUAACAAAUGCUUUGAAUGUGGCCUUACAAAAGCACGAUCAAGACAUUGUGAAUGCAAUGGCCAUGGUUAAUGUAACCAAGACUAAUUUGCAAAAAAUGAGAGAUGAAGGAUGGGAUUCUCAUAUGGAAAAGGUAAUUUCUUUUAUUGGUGACUAUGACAUUGCAGUUCCAAUGGAGGCUAAAUAUGUUGUUCCCGGGAGGAGGUUGUUUAGAGGUAAAUGCCCACAAGUGUCUAAUCUACAUCAUUUUCGAGUUGAAGUUUUUUUUGGUGUCAUUGAUCUUCAAUUGCAAGAACUUGAAAAUCGAUUUCCCGAAAUAACUAAAGAACUACUUGUGUGUAUGUCUUGUUUGAGUCCUGUGGAUCGUUUUUCAAAGUUUGAUAAGGAAAAAUUGAUUAAGCUUGCAAAAUUCUAUCCUAAUGAAUUUCCAAGUUCAGAAUUGAUAGUCUUUGGUCAUACACUUGAUAGUUACAUUUGUUCUGUUAGAGGAGAUGAAAGGUUUUGGAAUUUGAAGGGUCUUAGUGAUCUUUCAAUCAAAUUGGUUGAAACGGGAUUGUCUGAAACUCAUGAUAGGGUCUAUUUACUUUUGAAGUUGGUGUUGCUUCUUCCUGUCGCAACGGCAAGUGUGGAAAGAGUAUUUUCUGGCAUGAAGCAAGUGAAAGACAAACUACGAAAUAGCAUGGGAGAUCAAAUGUUGAAUGAUUUAUUAUAUGAACAUUUGGUUGUAUUUUGUACUGUUUGA